AUUAUUCCAUAGCAACGAGAGAAGCCGAAAUCGGCCAUUUGUAAUUCAAACAGCAGGUUGUUUGCAGUAAAACAAUCGGAUAUUUUCACUUUUUUCUUUCCAACAGCUGUUUUGAAAAACAUUGGACAGAUAAACCGAUUCACAGGAUAAUUUUUAUGGUGUUUUUCAUUUACAACUUGUGAGGAUGGCUGAAAUUCAGCCUAGCCCACGGACCAAUGGGGGCAGUAAAGGGAAGGGGACAAAUGAUCCUAUCAGAUUCCUUCCUGUGUUGCCUUCCAAGAGGACCAAACCGCAGUGGGAACAAAAUCCACCAUCAUUUGUAUUAUCUGGGAAAGUGCCUGAAGAUGAUGGAAAAGAUCACAUUGAUUUGAUAGGGGAACUAACUGCUAAUAAACAAGAAAGAUUGGAGCUCAGCCAUAAUGGUUUUGGAGACCCAAAAAGGAGAAAACCAAACAAACUAAAACCAAUAGAGAAACAAAAUGGAGCUGAUGUCACACAGUUUCAACAACCAAAGAAAGACAGAGAGAACUUUAGAAAAGCUCUUGUUGAUAUUAUUAUGCAAGAGGAGGGUAUCCCACAAAGCACUACAGCUUCAGUAAAUGGAGAGUUACAGCCCUUGUCAAGAACCGGUACACCCACUUCUGCCGAAAAAGACAUCUUGAGAUAUUAUUAUUAUAUUCACCAUGGUAUUGACACAGAGCAUGUGGCACCUAUGGAAGACUCCUGGCUAGAAAAUGUUCUCGCUUUAAUUUCCUCAGAAUUAAAGGAUGGACAUCUAGAUACUAUAGACAAUCUAUCAGACGAGAUGAGAGAAGAUUAUUUACUGAGUGUGAAGAAAGCUAUUGUUGAUUUUGUACUGAAAGAUCCACGAGAGAAGGACGAUGAUAAGAAAGUAAAACUUCCACCCCACAGAGAGGAACUUGAGGUUGUACCCAAGCCCUGGAACAAAUCUUAUGUACAGGGUCUUGAUCUUAUGGGAUCACACCUUCACGUCACCAACCCAUGCAUGCUACAGGUCCUCGACCUUUGGCAUGUUUCAUUUGGACGGCUACGAUUUAUAGAUAUAGAGGAGUUCCACAAUCGUCUAGAGUCCAUGGAACUUGGAGGUUUCCAGAACUUGUGUAUGAGACAUAUUGAGGCAGCCAAAGAAAAACUCAUGAAAAAAUGGUUCCCAGAGGUACAGAACAUAUUCUACCAGGGUAAUAAGAGGAAGCAGGUACCCAGCAAUCAGGAUCAGGAGAAGCUUGAAUCUUUCUUCAACUGUGCAGCGACCCUGAUGACGGACAAUCUACAGCAGCUGACACUGCUAUCAUUACAAGACUACCAGGAUCUCCUUGUCCAACCACCUAUAUCAACAAGGGCUUAUGAGCACCCUGGUUUCAUUAUGAGGCUGAUCUUGGACAACACCCAGAUCAAGUUUGAGCCCACAUUUAAGGACUUUGAGGUGGUCCUUCUGAACGUGUUUGAUGUUAUGAUCAAAGCAUCACAGGUGGUCCCACGAGUAGAAACUAAACUAUACUCUGAAUGGAGUGGGGACAAAUCAAAGGCCACAUUGAAGCCAGUUAUACUGGAGGACAUCCUCGAGGCUCACAAGGAGCGUGUGAAGGAGCUGAUCAAACAAGAAUCUGUCGGACCCAUUGAACAUUGUAAAAUAUAUGACAAGUAUAACUUCCUCAUCUCUAAACAGGCUGAUGCAGAUGUAGAGCAGUUCCUCAAGGAAACCCACACAUUUGAUGAAUACAAAAAGGAAGUUGAAAAAUUCCACAGACUGGUUGAAGAAAUCACCUACAACUCUAUCAAGAAUGGCCGGGGCAAGGUAUUGAGACUGGGAAUGUUUGAGCUACACUGCGACGAUCUGGUGCGAGCCCUCUCAAAGCGUGCCGAUGCAUUGUGCACGAAACUAUUGGGUCGGAUGGCCAAAGAUCACCAAGAAGAAAACAAAAUGUUGUGUGACGACUAUGAACAGAUUGCGGAGAAGGCCCUGACCACUCCUUCAAACACUGAACAGUUGAUGGAGCUGAAAGAAUACAUUGAGAAAGUGGAAUCAGACAUUAUUUUCACGAUGGAAAAGAGACUGUAUAAUUCUCAGGAGAGGCUUUCGUUCCUGUCCGACUUUGCUCAGUUCUCACCGGCUGAGAUCCGGUUGAAUGCUAAUGUGUUUAUGUGGCAUGGAAGAAUGCCCGCUAUAUUUGAGGAGCACAAGUUGAUAGUGUCAGAGAAGAGAUCUCAGUAUGAGGAUGCACUCAAGUUGAGAAGAGACAGAUUUGUGGAGGAAUUGGAAAGCUACGCCAAGCAGAUAGAAGAAUUCGCUACCUUUGGUGAUAUGUCUGAAAUCCAGAAAUAUCUCCGUAAAUCACAGGCCCUCGACAACAAACUACAGGCAGCUGCUGAAAAGAUUGAAGCAUUCAAUGCAGAAGAAGAGGCAUUUGGCUGGCAGACGACGGCCUAUCCCCAGAGACAGCAGAUUCUCACCACAUUAAGACCAUAUCAACAGUUGUAUGAAACUACAGUAGAAUUCAACAACAAAUACAAGGACUGGAUGGAAGGACCUAUGACUGGUGUGGAUCCAGAUGAUGUUGAGAAUGAGGUGGGCAAUUUCUGGAGAGGUCUAUAUAAACUGGAGAAAGGUUUCGAAAAUGUACCAUCUGCAAAGAAAAUAGCUGGAAAAGUCAAAUCAAAAGUAGAAGAAUUCAGGGAGCACAUGCCACUGAUUGGUACCCUGUUUAACCCUGGUCUCCGAGAGCGUCAUUGGGAAUCUAUAAGUGAAAUUGUCGGCUAUACACUGAAGCCGGACGACAGUUACUGUCUGUCCCGGUUUGUGGACAUGAACUUGGAUCAGUUUAUACCAAAGUUUGAGAGUAUUAGUGAAGCUGCUAGCAAGGAAUAUUCCCUGGAGAAAGCCAUGGACAAGAUGAAGACUGAAUGGACAGAUAUUGAGUUUGUGAUCAUUCCAUAUAGAGAUACAGGCACUCAGAUUUUGUCCUCCGUUGAUGAUAUACAGCUGUUGUUAGAUGACCACAUCGUUAAAACACAGACAAUGAGAGGCUCUCCUUUCAUAAAACCAUUUGAAAAUGAAAUCAAAGAAUGGGAGGGAAAGUUGAUGCUGCUACAAGAUGUGCUGGACGAGUGGCUGAAAGUACAAGCCACCUGGCUUUACCUUGAGCCUAUCUUCAGCUCCCCAGAUAUCAUGGCACAGAUGCCGGAAGAGGGCCGUAGAUUCACAACUGUAGACAAGAACUGGCGUGAUAUCAUGAAAACUGCCGUUCUAGAUAAACACGUGCUGGAAGUGAUCAAAAUAGACAAGCUUCUAGAGAGACUGAAGAAAUCGAACGAGCUUCUUGAGUUGAUUCAGAAGGGUUUGAACGACUACUUAGAGAAGAAGAGAUUGUACUUCCCUAGAUUCUUCUUCCUGUCAAACGACGAGUUGUUAGAAAUCUUGUCUGAGACCAAAGAUCCAAAGAGAGUACAGCCGCAUUUGAAGAAAUGUUUUGAGGGUAUAGCUAAACUUGAGUUUACAGAUGUUCUAGACAUUACACAUAUGUUGAGUAGUGAAGGAGAAGUGGUCGAACUCAGAGAUGUCAUUUCAACGUCCAAGGCCAGAGGUCAAGUAGAGAAAUGGCUGCUUGAGCUAGAAAGUGACAUGAUUGCUUCCCUUCAUAAGGUGACAGGAGAAGCUUUGGAUGCUUACACCAAACAGCCCAGAGACAACUGGGUAAAGAUCUGGCCCGGUCAGUGUGUUUUAGCUGUAACAGCUAAAUACUGGACAGACUAUAUUCAUGAAGCUAUCCGUAAAGGCGGAGAUGCCCUGAAUGAGUACUUACAGGUUAACAACAAACAGAUUGAUGACAUUGUCGCCAUGGUGCGAGGAAAAUUAUCCAAACAGAAUCGUACUACACUACAGGCUUUGAUUGUAUUAGACGUACACGCCAGGGACGUGUUGGCGAACCUUGCUGUCACUGGGAUCAGCAGCGAGUUUGAUUUCAGCUGGCUAAGUCAGCUUAGAUAUUACUGGGAGGAUGAGCGUAUGAUAACAAGAAUGAUCAACGCCAUGUUGAAGUACGGUUACGAGUACCUUGGAAACACAGGACGUCUCGUCAUCACACCAUUGACUGAUAGAUGUUACAGAACAUUAUUUGGAGCUCUGCAGCUUCAUUUGGGUGGCGCCCCAGAAGGUCCCGCUGGUACAGGAAAGACCGAGACAACCAAGGAUCUUGCCAAGGCCGUGGCCAAGCAGUGUGUCGUGUUCAACUGUUCCGACGGUCUGGAUUUCAUUGCCUUGGGUAAAUUCUUCAAGGGUUUGGCAUCUUGCGGUGCUUGGUCAUGCUUUGAUGAGUUUAACAGAAUUGAUCUUGAGGUGUUGUCAGUGGUAGCCCAGCAGAUUCUUACCAUUCAGAGAGCCAUCAAUAGCGGAUCAGAUACUCUAGUAUUUGAAGGCACAGAACUCAGAUUAGAUCCAACAUGUUCGGUGUUUAUCACAAUGAACCCCGGUUACGCCGGAAGAUCCGAGUUGCCAGAUAAUCUUAAAGCUUUGUUUAGAACAGUGGCUAUGAUGGUACCGGAUAAAGCUAUGAUUGCUUUAGAUCUUCCCCCUUACUCUUUUGGGUUUUUUUUGGGUGAACCAAAUUUGGGUGGUAAAAAGCUUCCAGCAUCAAGAAUGUUAGCCAAUGCUCUUGGUGAUAUACCGAGAAAGGGACUGAUGGAGGAGAAUAAGGUACAGAUUACUGUCAUCAACCCGAAGGCUAUCACAAUGGGUCAGUUGUAUGGUUGUUUUGAUCCAGUCUCUCACGAGUGGUCCGACGGUGUGCUUGCUGUCUCGUACAGAGCUUUUGCUACAUCAACAACCCCAGACAGGAAGUGGCUGUUAUUUGACGGUCCAGUUGACGCCAUCUGGAUUGAGAACAUGAACACUGUGCUUGACGACAACAAGAAGUUGUGUCUGAUGAGUGGAGAAAUUAUUCAGCUUGCUAACACAACUAACCUCAUGUUUGAGCCCAUGGAUCUUGAGGUGGCCUCCCCAGCUACUGUAUCUAGAUGUGGUAUGAUCUACAUGGAGCCGUCAACACUCGGCUGGCGGCCGUUGGUUAAAUCAUGGCUUAACGACAUGCCCUCGUCAUUGAAUGAAUUAUACAAGAGUACCGUAAAUGACUUAUUUGAGAGAUUUUGUGACGCUUGUAUACAACUAGUGAGAAAGGGAGGUGUAAAAGAACUUGCCCCGACAACAGAUGCACAAGUUAUAAAGGGUCUGAUGAAUCUGAUGGACGUACAGAUGGACGAGUUUAAAGACGAGGCGAAGAUUUCACAAAUGGAGGAAAGGGAGAUAAUGACUUGGCUGGAGGGUGGUAUGACAGAAGAGACAAGGAUCAAAAUCAGCUUGCCAGAGCUAGUGGAACCACCAAUGAAACCUUACAUGAACCCAUUCCCACCUAAAGGUCGUAUCUAUGACUACAAAUUUGUCAAAGAGGGAGCUGGCAAAUGGGUACCAUGGACCGAGGAGUUAAAGGACUCACCACCGAUCCCGAAAGACGUCAUGUUUAACGAGAUCAUUGUGCCGACGGUGGAUACAGUACGUUACACGUACAUCAUGAACUUGCUAGUACAGCAUGGUAAAGCUUGCCUGUUUGUCGGACCCACUGGUACCGGAAAGAGUGUCUAUAUUACUGAUUUCUUACUUCACAAGCUUGACAAGGAAAUGUACAAACCGAACAUCAUCAACUUCUCGGCUCAAACGAGUGCCAACCAAACACAGAAUAUUAUCAUGUCCAAGCUAGACAAGAGGAGAAAAGGUGUCUAUGGUCCACCACUGGGCAAGAAAGCUAUCGUGUUUGUUGAUGACUUGAACAUGCCACUACUAGAGCAGUUUGGAGCCCAGCCGCCAAUUGAGUUAUUACGUCAAUGGUUAGAUCACUGGACAUGGUAUGAUCUUAAGGAUGUUGUACCACUCAAACUGAUUGACAUCCAGCUUAUUGCUGGCAUGGGACCACCUGGUGGAGGUCGUAACCCUGUCACACCAAGAUUUAUCCGCCAUUUUAACAUGGUGACAAUUAAUGAGUUUGACGAUGAUGCUAUGAAUACUAUCUUCAGAAAGAUCAUGGACUGGCACAUCUCCUCCAGGGGAUUCAGUAAUGAGUUUAAACCAUGUAUAGACCAGAUUGUACAGGGCACACUGCAUGUGUACAAGGAGGCCAUGAACCAACUGUUGCCCACCCCAGCCAAGUCCCAUUAUCUGUUUAACACACGUGACUUCGGCAGAGUUAUCCAAGGUGUUCUACUCUCAACACCGGAGACCAUGGAAGAACCAGCUUCUAUGAAGAGACUGUGGGUCCACGAGGUUUUCCGUGUAUACUAUGACCGUCUGGUGGACGACAAGGAUAGAGACUGGUUAUUUAACUUUACUAGAGAAACAUGUAAGGAGAAAUUACGUGAAGAUUUCGAUCAGCUGUUUAUUCAUUUGGAUUUUGACAAUGAUGGUAAAGUGACGGAGGACGACCUCCGUAGUUUGGUGUAUUGUGAUUUCGCUGACCCUAAAUCAGACUCUAAACAUUACGUUGAAGUGAGAGAUCUUGAACAAUUACGUCACGUUGUUGAGGGAUACCUUGACGAGUUUAACAACAUGAGCAAGAAACCAAUGAACCUUGUACUCUUUAGGUUCGCAAUUGAACAUGUGUCAAGAAUUGCCCGUAUUAUAAAACAGCCACGUAGCCACGCCUUGUUAGUGGGUGUGGGAGGUUCUGGCAGACAGUCAGUAACUAGACUGGCUGCACAUAUGGCAGAUUAUGACCUGUUCCAGGUCGAGAUUUCUAAAUCGUACACAUCAGUUGAAUGGCGUGAAGAUUUAAAGAGGAUAUUAAGGAAGGCCACAGAGACAGAUAAUCAUGCUGUGUUUUUGUUCUCCGAUACACAGAUUAAACAAGAGUCAUUCCUUGAAGAUAUAAACAAUUUACUAAAUGCUGGUGAAGUUCCUAACUUGUACCCAUUAGAUGAGAAACAAGAAAUUUGUGAGAAGAUGAGACAGCUAGACAGACAACGUGAAAAAUCAAAACAGACCGAUGGAUCGCCGAUCGCAUUGUUUAACAUGUUUGUACAGCGUGUCAGAGAUCAGUUACAUAUUUGUCUCGCUAUGAGUCCUAUUGGAGAGGCUUUCCGUAACAGACUAAGGAAGUUCCCCUCACUUGUUAACUGUUGUACAAUUGAUUGGUUCCAGUCAUGGCCAGAAGAUGCUUUACAAGCUGUGGCGUCACGUUUCCUCGAGGAGGUCGAGAUGGACGAGGACGAGAGACAAGGAUGUAUUGACAUGUGUAAAUCCUUCCAUACAUCUACACGUGAACUUUCAGAAAGAUUCUUCCUCGAACUGGAGAGACAUAAUUAUGUGACACCCACGUCCUAUCUUGAGUUGAUUAACACCUUUAAAUCUUUGCUGGAUGUUAAACGAGGUGAUGUAAUGAAGCAGAAAAAGAGAUACGAGAUCGGUUUAGAAAAGCUAGCAUCAGCUGGUUCCCAGGUAUCGGACAUGCAGAAAGAGCUGAUAGAUCUACAACCCCAGCUGAUCACCGCAAGUAAAGAUGUAGACGAGAUUAUGGUUAUCAUUGAACGAGAUUCUAUUGAAGUUGCUAAAGUAGAGAAGGUCGUAAAAGCAGACGAGGCAGUUGCCAACGAACAAGCUAAAGCUGCUAAGGCCAUCAAAGACGAGUGCGACGCCGAGUUGGCUGAGGCUAUUCCCGCACUCAAUGCUGCCAUUGAGGCUUUGAACACACUGACCACACAAGAUAUUACCAUCGUUAAGAGUAUGCAGAAACCACCCUCAAUCAUCCGUCUUGUACUUGAGGCUGUAUGCGUCAUCAAAGGUAUCAAACCGGACCGUGUACCAGAUCCUAGUGGUAGUGGUAAGAAGAUUGAAGACUACUGGGGACCAUCCAAGAAAAUGUUGGGAGAUAUGAAAUUCUUAGAAGGACUGAUCAAUUUUGAUAAGGAUAAUAUAUCGCCAGCGUACAUGAAACAGAUCCGCUCCAAAUUUAUGACAAAUCCUGAUUUUGAACCAGACAAAGUAAGAGUGGCUUCCACAGCUUGUGAGGGUCUGUGUAAGUGGGUUCGUGCCAUGGAUGUGUACGACAGAGUAGCAAAAGUAGUUGCUCCAAAGAAGGAGGCCUUGAAGAAGGCCAACUCUGAGCUGGCUACAGCCAUGGCUGCCCUCGAGAAGAAACGUGCAUCAUUGAAGGAAGUGCAGGACAAGUUGAAUAAAUUGACAGAGAAACUGGAAUUCAACAAGAAGAAGAAAGUAGACCUGGAGAAUCAGGUGGACAUGUGUACAAAGAAAUUGGCGAGAGCAGAACAGCUGAUUGGUGGUCUAGGUGGCGAGAAAGACAGAUGGGGACAAGCUGCAAAGGAUCUUAAAGUGAAGUAUACUAACUGUACCGGUGAUGUCCUGGUGUCAUCUGGUAUUGUAGCUUACCUGGGAUCAUUCACCUCUGCAUUCAGAACAGACCAGAUAGAAGCAUGGAUUAAGUCUGUGAAAGACAAGGGUAUACCCUGUUCCGAUGAUUUCUCCCUUAUUGCGACCCUCGGUGAACCCGUUAAAAUACGAGCAUGGAAUAUUGCUGGUCUACCAACAGAUCAGUUCUCCGUGGACAACGGAAUCAUGUUGUCUAAUUCUCGACGAUGGCCGUUAAUGAUUGAUCCCCAGGGUCAGGCCAACAAAUGGGUGAAGAACAUGGAGAAAGCUAAUAAUCUACAUGUGAUUAAACUUACCAACCCAGACUUUGUGAGGACACUGGAAAACUGCAUACAGUUUGGUACACCCGUUUUGCUAGAGAACGUUCAAGAAGAGUUGGACCCGAUGUUGGAGCCUCUGUUAUUGAAGCAGACAUUCAAGCAAGGUGGCUCCCUCUGUAUUCGUCUUGGUGACAGCACCAUUGAAUACUCACAAGACUUCAAGUUUUACAUUACAACAAAAUUAAGGAACCCUCAUUACCUGCCGGAAACUUCUGUCAAGGUCACAUUGUUGAACUUUAUGAUCACACCAGAAGGUCUAGAGGAUCAGUUACUAGGUAUUGUAGUUGCUAGGGAACGACCUGAACUGGAGGAGGAGAAGAAUGCCCUUAUCUUACAGAGUGCUGAAAACAAGAAACAAUUGAAGGAGAUUGAAGAUAAGAUUCUGGAGGUGUUGUCAACAUCCGAGGGUAACAUUCUAGAAGAUGAAACAGCCAUCAAAGUACUCUCAUCUUCUAAAGUACUGGCUAAUGAAAUCUCAGAGAAACAGGCCAUUGCUGAGGAGACCGAGAAGAAGAUUGACACUGCUCGUCUUGGUUACAAACCUAUCGCUAUCCACUCCACGAUCUUGUUCUUCUCUAUUGCCGACCUGGCCAAUAUUGAACCUAUGUACCAGUACUCGCUCAUGUGGUUUAUUAACCUCUUCUGUCUCUCCAUCGAGAAUGCCGAGAAGUCUGAGGACCUGAAGAAACGUCUGGACAACUUGUACCAUCAUUUCACAUAUUCUCUCUACUGUAACAUCUGUAGAUCCCUGUUUGAGAAAGAUAAGUUGCUGUUCUCAUUCCUGCUAUGUGUGAACAUUCUAAAACACAACAAAGAGGUGAACGAGGAAGAGUGGCGUUUCCUGUUAACAGGAGGUAUUGGUCUGGACAACCCUCAUGCUAACCCCACCACAUGGUUACCACAGCAAUCCUGGGACGAGAUUUGUAGGCUGGAUGAGUUACCCGCGUUCAAAAACAUGAGAACAAAAUUUGCUGCUAACAAAGAUAUGUGGAAAGAGCUUUACGACAGUGUGGAGCCACAACAGUUUAAAAUAACAGGAGAAUGGGCAGAUAGACUGGGAAGUUUCCAGAAAAUGCUGGUACUUAGAUGUCUGAGACCUGACAAGGUUGUCCCAGCUAUACAAGACUUUGUGACGGAGAAAAUUGGCAAGAAGUACAUUGAGCCGCCUCCGUUUGAUCUACCAAAGGCUUUUGGUGACAGUAAUAGUUGUGCUCCACUUCUGUUUGUUCUCUCCCCUGGUGGUGAUCCUAUGUCGGCUCUUCUCAAGUUUGCAGAAGAUCAGGGUUUCGGAGGUGCCAAGUUUGACUCCCUGUCAUUAGGUCAAGGUCAAGGACCUAUUGCUCUCAGAAUGAUAGACAAAGGAACAAAGGAAGGAACCUGGGUUAUGUUACAGAAUUGUCAUUUAGCUACUUCCUGGAUGACAACACUUGAAAAAAUUUGUGAGGAAUUGAAUCCAGAAACGGUGCAUCCUGAUUUCCGACUGUGGUUAACAAGUUACCCAUCAAACACUUUCCCUGUCUCCAUCUUACAAAACGGUGUUAAAAUGACCAAUGAGCCGCCAAAAGGUCUACGUUUCAACAUUAUGAGAUCGUACCUUUCUGACCCAAUUUCUGAUACAGAAUUCUUCAACUCUGUAGAGAAAAACAAGCCGACAAAUUUACAUGCAUGGAAGAAGCUGUUGUUCGGACUGUGUUUCUUCCAUGGUAUUAUACAGGAGCGUAGAAAGUUCGGACCUCUCGGUUGGAACAUUCCCUACGAGUUUAACGAGACAGAUUUACGUAUCAGUGUACGACAGUUAAACAUGUUCCUCAAUGAUUAUGAUGAUGUACAGUACGAUGCUAUUAGGUACCUGACGGGAGAAUGUAACUACGGAGGUCGUGUGACUGACGAUCGUGAUCGUCGUACGCUACACAGCAUCAUGAACAAAUUCUACUGUCCCGAGAUCAUCAAGGAUGAUAACUACUACUUUGAUUCUUCAAAAUUUUACAAGGCACCUCCAGAUGGGGAGUAUGAUUCCUACAUUGAAUACAUCAAUAAUUUGCCACACAAUGCUAAACCUGGAAUCUUUGGCAUGCACGACAACGCUGACAUCACCAAGGACCAGAAGGAGACCAGAACCCUCUUUGAGAACAUUCUCUUGACUCAGUCGCAGGGCCAGGCAAGAGCUUCAUCAGGAGGUGGUCGCUCCACUGAUGACAUCGUAGAUGAAGUAGCCGCAGACAUCUUGUCUAAAUUACCACCAAAUUAUGACACCGAUGCAGCACUCCGUAAAUUCCCAACAUCCUACUCGCAGAGUAUGAACACCGUGCUGGUGCAGGAAAUGGUCCGAUUUAACCGACUACUGUCUGUUAUCCGUAGCAGUUUAGCAAACAUAAGGAAAGCUAUCAAGGGUCUGGUAGUCAUGUCAGCUGACCUUGAGGAAGUGACCUUGAGUAUAUUGAAGGGUAAAAUCCCAGGCAUGUGGAUGAAGAGAUCGUACCCAUCAUUGAAACCCCUCGGCUCCUACGUCAAUGACUUCAUGGCCAGAUUGAAUUUCUUGCAGGACUGGUUUGACAACGACGCUCCGAGCAUUUUCUGGAUAUCUGGAUUCUACUUCACCCAGGCCUUCUUGACUGGUGCCCAGCAGAACUUUGCCCGUAAAUACACGAUACCGAUUGAUCUGCUCACAUUUGAUUACGAAGUGCUGGAGGAUAAAGACUACACUACUGCACCAGAUGAUGGUGUGUACGUGAAAGGGUUAUAUGUGGAAGGCGCACGAUGGGAUCGUAAAACUCAUUUACUUGGAGAAUCCGAGCCUAAAAUACUAUUUGACCCAAUGCCUGUGAUCUGGGUGAAACCGUGCAAGAAACAGGACUUGGAUGAGACCGGUGUUUACCACAUUCCGGUGUACAAGACUAGUGAACGUCGUGGCGUGUUAUCCACCACAGGACAUUCCACCAAUUAUGUUAUCGGGAUGUUAGUCCCGACGGACAAACCCGAAGACCAUUGGGUACAGCGAGGCGUGGCUUUACUCUGCCAGCUUGAUAAUUAAAGCUCGCAGAAUCUAAAAAUAGUCACUAUAUUUCCUCGAACAAUUGUCUUGUAUUGUUUGGAUAUAACCAUUCUAUUUUGAAAAUUUAUUCAAUCAUCAGUUAAGAAAAAAUGAAAUAGACAUUUAUCUUCCAAAAUGUUUUCAUCUUGAGAAAUGAAAUUUUAUAUAUCCACACUACAGGGCACCCAAUUGGUAUUUGUUUUUGUCUAUAAAUAGAACAGAAUGGAUCACAUUUCAAUCCAUUUUGGUGGAGUGACCAAUAUAUUGAUUUUAUAUUCAUAAUAAUAAUUUAAAAAUGUACACUUUGAAAAACUUUGAUAAAUAUAUAUAUAAAUAUGUGAUUUAUAUUGAAAUGGACUUAUUAAUAUAUUUAUUACUUUUGUUUUGUUCUUUUAUUAAGAAAUGCAUUUAUAUAUAUUUUUGUGAUACAAUACACUCUGGACUUUAUUUUCACAAGCUAAAACAACUUUUUACGUGGGUGAAUGGCAGAAUCUUUGUGUUAAAUUUCACGAAGAUAGAAAUGCAUUGUUGACUUUGUUUACACUAUAUAAAAAUGUGAUAUAUGUAAUUAUGUGCUAUAAGUUAAAUAUCGUAUUGACCUAGAUAUCAUUCCGUCCAUUGAUUUAUUUUGACAAUAUCGCGCAGUGCUUUAUGUGAAACAAGUGGUUUUUUUUAGAUUUUCUAGAGGGAUAUUUUUAUUGUUGCUUUGUGAUAACAGUAUUGUUUAUUGAAGCUUAAUUAUACGUGAUGUUAGAUCGAACAGUAUUUGAAGUAUUUUUAAGAUCGGAACAUAGUAUUCAAAUUGAAGUUAUACAUUCGCCAAAAGGAACAUCUGAACUACGAGAACAAACUGCUGACCUUUUUAUACUGGCGCAAUCUGCUGCCUUCGAAUAUAAGAUUCAGUAAAAUCGUAUGUAGACACUAAUUAAAAAUUAGGUAUUAUUGAAAAGGUAUUAUUUUCUGGGUUGGAUAUUGCCAAAAGUAACUUUAUAUUCUGAUCACCGUGAUAUCCCCAUUUUAUAUAAUUAACGACAGAAACAUAAAUGUGAUCGUAUAUGACUUUGUUAUUGUUUGUUAGUCCUAACUUGUCUGUGAUAAAUUUUGUAAAUAGAUUUUUACAUGUAUUUUUUUUCUCUUUUUUUUAUAGUAAAAUCCAUAUUAUGUUUAACAAUAAGAGAAAGUAUACAUUUUUUUAAGUAUUUUCAUAGGAAUAUUUUGAAAAAUGAAGUUUUGACUGCUGAUGCUAGUUUAUUAAGAACGGGGUUUUCCAGAAACGUAUACAUGUAUUUGAAUUGUGAAAUCUGAAAUUUUAUAAAAUUGAAACCUGUCACCCCCCUUGUAUAUAGACAGGACUUUAUAUGAAGGAUUAUUGGAAUAUUUCAUUGCAUAUAAGAGGGGUGUUACAGGAAAAUCGGCACUUGUUUCUAGUGAUAUUUUCUUAAUAUGCACAUAUGAGUUUUUAUUUCUACAUUGGCUAGCUGCUGAAAAUGGAGUAUUAAUAUCGUGAUUGGUAAAGCCGUCCAGUUAUCAUGUUUGUAUUUUUUAAUGUUUUCUCAAUAAAGUCUACAAAUAAA